AGCACAUCAUCAACGGCAGCCCGUUGCGGGAUAUGCUCAUCAUCCCAAAGGAUGAUUGGACCAUCGAGCGCCAACGCCGCCGCUUCCGCACGGCCGAUCAGCCCGUCCCUGCCAUCCUCCUUGGAGACGAUAGGGAGGUACCUGAUGGGGUGCGCCAGUGUGCAAAGACGCUGACCCGCGACCUCCACCUCCUCGUGAAGAAGUUUGCUCGCCUUACCCAGGAUCCCGCCCCUUCCCGCCGUCAGCUCUCGGAGAAGCUCCUCAGCCACGAGUUCCCGGUUGACCAGCCGGCCACUGCGAGUGUUCGCAGCAGCCGCACCCCCGUUGUCACCACCCGCUCCACCAGUGCUCUGCAGGGCAAGCGCGCAUCCGUCGUCUCAACGUCGUCGUCGGUGUCCAAGGAGGAGCUGGUGCAGGAGAGCGAAGAUCUCGUGCGGGAACUGCUGGACGACGUCACAGUUGCGCGCAGACGCAGCCUCAGGCAGAGGUCGAAGGAUCGCGUGUGCAUCCUCCACGCCGCCAACCACAAUGGCGCCUGCACAGCCCGCGAUUCACCGCCGGAGUUUCCCCUCACGCGACUCGGUGACGACGUGCACCCGCUCGCCCCAAAGUUCAGGCACCGCUUCAUGGUUGACGUGCACGGGAUGGGCCUGCGGGAGUAUGUGAUUGAGCCGUUCUUCACCACCGUCUAUCUGUACGACACGUCUGCGCAUCAGCGCGUCAGCGAAGUCUUCAGCUGCGAUCUCAACGAAGAAAUGACAAUUGUCCUUCUCCAGGACCAGCGACCCGAGCUGAGCACCCAGCGCGGGAUUGCUGCUAACUGCCGCAACGGCGUGUUCUCCCUCACCCGUUUCCGCCAGCACAAGGAGGCCGAGUCCGUCUUCAUCGUCGUACGCGUCGACAAGGUGCUGGAUGGCGACGUGAGCAAGUCGUGGGACCUCUACUCAAAGCUUGCACAGCAGGACGAACCCGAGGCACGGAGUCUGGACCGCGCACGCGAGGCAGCACAGCGCGCUGGCAAGCGUCUUGGCAAGUUCCAGACGCCGUUUGCGAUUGGUGCCACACCGCUGCAGAGCGCUGUCGAUGCCUGCAGGCAACACACCACUGUCGACCUGGACCUCUGGGCACUCCACGCAGACAAGCUCAAGGACGAGGACAUGAGCAAGCUCGUUGUUGAGAUUGGGCGGAGUGGUGAUGCAAAGGCCAAACGCAAGCGGCUCGGAAAGGUUGCACGCCUCGCCGUCACACAGAUCACGAACGAUGGGCAGUUGCCCAAAUCGCUGCUGACGUCAUCGCUCCUCCGCGUUGCGCCGUUUUCAAACGCACAGGAGCAUCUCGCCAUCGAAGUCGAGGAGUUACCUGCUGAGCCCGUGAAGAUGCCGCACGCCGAGUACAAGCACCUCCUCUUCGUGUAUCCACAGCACGUCAACUGCACCGCCACGCAGUACAGAAACAUCGCAUGUCGCAUUGAGGUGCGCGACGGAACACUCAAGUCGUCGCUGCCGCUGAUUGUCGGGCACGGCGGGGCCAUGCUGCACGAGGCAUACACCCCCGUCGCAUACCACAACAAGAUGCCUGAGUUUCAUCAUGAGUUCAAGAUUCGUCUGCCAGACAAACUCACGCCCGAUCACCACCUCCUGUUCACGUUUUUCCACGUGAGCUGCAAGGACAAAGGCGAUACGGAAGAAUUGAACGAGAAAGUCAUUGGCUACUCAUGGUUUCCGCUGUUCAAGUCGCGGUUUGCGUACAUACCGUCACAGCCACUGGAUCUCCCCGUCUGCCUCGACAAACCAGCAGACACGUACUACCUGCAAAAGCCGGAGGAGGUGCGCGGCGUCAAGUGGCUCGAGGGACCGCGCAAGGGAUCAUUCAAGGUGUCCCUCAAUUUGGUCUCCACCACCCACUGCCCCAACGUCUACGUCCACACGUUUCUGUCGAACACACGCGUGUUUCUGGCGGGAAAGCUUGCGAGCAAGGAGCAGGAGCAGUCCAUUGUCAAAGCGAUCCAAAACCUGCACUUGGCGGCGCAGCAGGAGCCGCACGUCAUCCACCAGUUUCUGCACGUCAUUCUGGAGCUCCUGUUCACCAUCAUUGCCCGAUUCCCGCACAAGUCGUCGCCGCUGCCGUUCCACGCGUUUGAGGCGCUGGUCCGCGUCGUCGCACUCGUCCACGGACAGCACCCGCACAUGGAGAGGGCCAAGUCCUUGGAGACCUUCCUCAAGUUCCACUUCAACGUUCAACUGGAGUUUCCUGAUGCCAUCCUUUUCCAAGACCUCGCGUCGCUGUAUGUGCAGGUGAUCACGACCGACGGGAUGGACGAUCCGGCAUUUCAGCCCCGACAGCAAAAGUUGCAACACAAGGACUGCCACGCGACGUGCAUCACGCGGUGCUGGUUCUUCUUUGAGGCGAUUGUUCGGUCCGCUGGCCAGUUCCUCAAGGCCACCCGCCGUGAAACUCGCCCGGCGGGCCAGCGCUUUGAUCUCGUGUUCUACGACCACCUCAACCACAUGCUCGAUUACCUCACCCUCUCCGUCUCAAACGAGGCGAUCCACCCCGAAUCGCGGGCGCGGGAGUUGUGUCUCGGCAUCUCUUUCUUCCUUCGCGACCUUCUCACGUUUGCGGACCCAACACGCAUCAUGAACAUCCUCAAGAUGUGUCUCUGCAACCUGCACCGCGCCGGGGUCCUCACGCAAGCGACGAGCCUGUCGGAUUAUCGGCUGAAUAUGCUCCGGGUCAUUGCAUCGCAUGAGCACUACGUCGCCUUCAAUCUCCCAAUCACAGACAUCCACCGUGCAAGUGCUGCCGUGGCCACCGCGGCCUCCUCCACGCUCGUUGCGUCAUCGCCAUCAAAAGGAAGCGGAUUCCGGCGCCGCGCGUCCACGGUCCUCCUCGCUGGACGCGAUCGAAAACCGGACGGCGGGACUGUGCCGUGGUGCAAUCUCUCUGCCUCGCACUUCCUCGCUCACGCGCUGGUGGCGGAGGUGUGCUACGCCCUGCAGCACGGGUCCCAGGAGAGCCGAUACGCCGCCAUCCGCCUCAUCUACGACAAGCUGCUCGAGCACAGCUGCGAUCCGCGCCUGCAGCGAGCCGAGCGCCACGCCGCUGUGAGCAACCUGUACUUCCCGCUCGCCCUCUUUCUCCUGCAGUACAAGCCGCUCAUGGCCCGUGCAGAGCGCAACCACGAGGCCAUUGUCCGCGGCAACGAGGCAGGUGGCGGCAGCGGGGAUGACACCACACCGCCACCGACACAUAAGCACACGGAGUCGUCGUCGUCAUCAUCGCCGCCAGAGGAGGUUGAGCUGACGGAUCGCGAAGUGCGUGGGCUGCUCGUCGUCUUCCUCCACAUCAUCAAAUCCUGCGACCACACCGUCCUGCGCGACUGGUGGAACACGCAGUCGAAGCAGAGCGUGCAGCUGGAGACGUUUCUGAAGAUGCUGAUCCUCGCUGUUGGUUCACUCGAGUAUCCUGGACAGGCUGCCGUCACAGAACACGCCCGCUCCCCGGCCGCCCCCUCCCCAAGGUCGAAUCGUCGAAAGCUGCUGGAAGCGAACUACGCUGGCGGUGGCAGCGGCAAAGCGUCCAAGCUCCUCUCAGGACCCGAGGGGAGCGGCGGUACUCCGCUCAGAGCUCGCAAGUUCAAGACAGGAACAUGGUCUGCGGGCCAGUCGCCGCUGUCGUCGUCUGAUCCGGGGGACACACACGGGCGCCUCUCCGCCGUGGGCAUGGCACUGCAGAGCCACGACUUUCACAGAUACGGCACGAGGCAGGAGACCACGGAGGAGGAGGUCAUCAUCAGCGUGCAGAUGGCGAAGAAUUUGAGCCACGAGAUGACGGUCAUCGUGCUGGACGUGCUCGAGAUGUUCAUGGACGACUUCAAGUCGUCGCUUCGCGAACUCUACGGCCAGAAUGACCUCAUGGAGCUCGUAUUCCAAAUCCUGAUGUCACUGAUGGGAUCCAACCUGAGCAUCAAGUCCACCCACCUCCUCUUCCAGACACUCACAAACUUUGUGCACCUGUUCCCCGAGCUGAUUUACAAAGCGCCGAGCACGGACUUUGCCGGGCGGUUGUGCGAGCAGGUGCUGCGGCAGUGCAACAAGAGCGAGAACAGGACACGACAGCAGGCCACGGCGUACCUCUACCUCCUCAUGCGCAAGAAUUACGUCGACGAGGACUUCCAGAACUUUACCCGCAUCAAAGUGCAGACGACGCUCGCCCUCUCACGCAUUGUGAGCGCGGGUCGCGGGGAGUGGUCGGAUGUGAAUCUCCGCCGGUCGUGGGCGACGAUCAUCAAAUACGCAGAGGAGGAGAGCCAGGGCCUCCAGAACGCCGCGGACUUCCGGCGGCAGGUUGAAGGGCUUGCGCUGCAGCUGUACGAGAUCCUCCGCGACACCGCGCAGAUGGAUCUGAUGGCGCACGACCCGGAGACGGCCAUCGACCUUCACCUCCGCAUCGCAGACAACUACAAAACGUCGCCAGACCUCAGGAUCACGUGGUUGAAGUCGUUGGCGGGGCGACAGGCGGAGCUGGGGCACCACGCCGAGGCUGCGCAGUGCUUCCUGCAAGCGGCCGCUCUUGUCGCCGAACACCUGCUCACCCUCCAGGACAAUCCGUUUGUGCGCAACGGGUGCUCAGCGUUUCGCCACAUCAGUCCCAAUGCCGAGGAGGAGACGGCAGUCGCACAGGAAACAGACAAGUCCGACAAUGAGAGCAUGUGCACGCACCGCUUUUUCAAGCCCGACGGGUUUAUCCACCUGAUCAACAUCACCGUCGGCCACCUCCUCGAUGCCAAGAUGGCAGAGACUGCAAACCAGCUGCUGUCGUUUGUGAUUCCCAUCCUGGAAUCGCGGCGGGACUACCAGGCGCUGUGCAAACUGCACGGCCGUCUCAGCGACAACUACAAGCUCAUCGAUGAGAUGGCCAAGAAAGGCCCCCGCUAUCUCGGCGAGUACUAUCGCGUGAAGUUCUUUGGUUCCAUUUUCAAGGAAGAGCUCAACCCGCUGGGCUACGUGUACAAGGAGCCCGGCCUGACAAAGCUGGCAGAGGUGUCGCAGCGGCUCGAGCAAACGUUCAAGACCAGGUAUGGGGAGGACGCAAUUGUGAUGAUUCAGGACUCGAAAGAGGUGAACCCGGCUCAGCUCAACCCAAACAAGGGAUACAUUCAGAUCAAGCGGCUUCGUCUCGGUUUUGGCACCUUCCUCCGCGCGUGCAAAGCAGGCCUGCACGUGUAUGAGAAGCAAAUCCAGACACAGGCACACCCAACCGAGAACCAGAAGGAGUAUCUGGCAAAUCUGCAGCUUUCGUUUGAAGAGCUUGAGCGCGAGAUUGAGGAUCUCCGCAGCAAGGCCAAGAAAAGCGCGCCACAGAGCAUGCGAAGCCAACGCCGGGUCGCUGGCAUGACAACAUCCGCAGACGGCAGCGAUUUUGUAAACCCAACAAGCAACCAUGUUGGUCGACACAGCGCCAAUACAACUCCCACCACCGUCACCACCACCACUUCCUCUGUUGCCGUGCACAUGCACAUGGACGACCUUCCUCUUGUGAUUGCCUGCACGAAGGACCAAGGAGGAGAACCGCAGCAGCAACAGCAGCAGCAGAGAAUGGUGAUGCUGAACGCAUCCCAACCAACCCAUCGCCCGCUGCUGCUGCUUGCGGAUGCUGGCUGUUUGCAGCUGGGAACAGGUGGCGACAGCACAAGUUGCGUUUUCGGCUGGAAGCAGCAGCAGAGGUGAGGGCGUGAAGCAGAGGGAAAACGGAGAGGAGUUGUGUGUUGGAUGGAUGGAUGGAUGCAUGGGAUGUGGGGUGGGGGAUGCUGGGUGAGUGUGGUGUGGCUGGCUGGCUGGUGACAG